UUCUGCCCUGCUCCAAGCAGCCCUACUCAGGUCUGCCCCGCCCGAUCCUGCCUGGCCCGGCCCGGCGGCCCCGCCUGCUCCGCCUGGCAGGACGGGCUGGAUCCUGGGCACCCGGGGCUAGCCCGGCGACGGCGGUGGCCAGCAGUGCGCGGUGGUGUCCGUUGCUUCCUCGCCCGCCCCCGCAGAGCAGCGUUUGACCCCCGGCGGGUGUGUAUAUGUGUGUGGGGUGUGGUGGGGCGGAGGCAGAGGAGUCUGAGACUCGCACUGCCUUGUCCAAAAGAAAAAGGGUUGUGAGGGAUGCUCAUGGAUUCCCGCAACUAUGCUCGAUCAAAUGUACACGGUGCGUUCUCUUCCUGUCUGUGCCUAAGCGCUUGCCUUCUCCGCUGCUUCUCUCCAAAAUGCCCCCAGGGCGGCUCGGGGUUCGCCUCCGUAAAGAGGGAGGGUAAGUUGCUGCUCUCCCGCCGUGCCCGUGGGCUCCCCGGCCGGGGCGGACAGCUGGUGGAAGCCUCCAGGAAGGCGCAGGACGCCCGGCACACCGGGCUGGGCGCUGCUGGCGGUGGGGCAGACGAGGCAGGGGGAGCAGUGCGCUGUGCACUAGGGCAGAUCCCUCCCACUCCGGCCAAUUUCGGUGAGGAAGGUGAAAUGCGGAAGUUGCCACCCAGAACUGUCAGUGGAUCAGUCGGGUUUUUAGCCCGGAGCACGCAAUUAAGAAAAAUAAAUAAAUGAAAUAAAUCCGCCCUUGGUGCGUACAACCAAUCUCGGUCCUCGUCGGCAGCCGAUACCCACGGCUGCUCGCCCGUAUGGCGACGUUACCUGCCGCAGACAGGAGGGCGUUCGCCCUGAAGAUCAACAGGCACUCCUCUGCAGAAAUAAGAAAGCAAUUUACUCUCCAACCAGGCUUUGCACAGUUCUGCCAACGAAGCCUAAGUACCCCUGGCUUUUCUACAUUUCAUCUGCCUUCCUUUUAUGAUGCAGUAGACCCAGUUGAUUUUGAAGGCUUCCUGAUGACGCAGCUGAACAACUUGGACUUAGAUCUAGCACAAGAACUUGGGGACUUUCCUGAAGAUGAUCUGGAUGUUGUCUUUACACCCAAAGAGUGCAGGACUUUGCAACCCUCUGUGCCAGAAGAUGGGGUUGAACUGGACUCACAUGUCAAAGAUUGUGUUCAGACUUACAUCCGUGAGUGGCUGAUUGUUAACCGAAAAAACCAAGGGAAUUCAGAUACUUGGAGCCUGAAAAACAAGGGAUCCCGAAAAGAUUUUCACAAAACACUUCAAAAACAAACAUUUGAAUCAGAAACAUUGGAUUCUGGCAAUGCAACUUUUCAGGUGGGGCCCCAGCACGUGCACGCUGUCCCGGAGGAGGCCUCGAGGACUCCGGCCUGCUCCGACCUGGAGCUGCGCAGCCUGCAGCCGGACCCCCGGCUGGAGCACCUGCUGCGGCAUGUCAGCGCAGAGGAGUUUGAGAGGCUGAAUGAGGAGGCACGCCGCACAAACAGGCACCCCGAGCUCCUCGCCCUCUACCCCUCUGUGGAUGAGGAAGAUGCAGUGGAGAUACGGCCAGUGCCAGAUUGCCCAAAAGAACAUUUGGGCAACAGGAUUUUGGUGAAGCUGCAGACCCUGAAGUUUGAUAUAGAGAUAGAACCUUUGUUUGCAUGCAUAGCUCUCUAUGACAUAAAGGAAAGAAAAAAGAUCUCAGAAAAUUUUCAUUGCGACCUCAAUUCUGACUCAUUAAGAGGAUUCUUGCGUUCUCAUACACCCUCCAUUGACAUGUCUACUCAGGCGAGAUCAGCAGUAUUUUCUGUCACUUAUCCCUCAUCAGAUAUAUACCUGGUAAUAAAGAUAGAAAAAGUACUUCAGCAAGGAGAAAUUGGAGAUUGUGCAGAACCAUACAUGGUUCUUAAAGAAAGUGAGGCUGGCAAGACAAAAGAAAAGAUUGAAAAACUGAAAGCACAAGCUGAAUCCUUUUGUCAGAGGUUGGGGAAAUACAGAAUGCCAUUUGCCUGGAUUCCUAUAAGCCUAACUAAUUUCUUCAACCUUUCAACGCUUGAACGAGAAAUACAAGAAGCUGAAGGUUUAAACGGGAAAGGAUCUGGUAGUGACAAGAAGGCAACAUUGCUGCAGGGAAGAAGGCUUUCUGAGAGAAGUUUCAGCUCAGAGGACAGCUAUCCAGCAUCAAACUUCAAAACAAUCUCUCUGACCCUUGGCACCUUCUUUAAACAGGAAGGAGACAGGCUCAGUGAUGAAGAUCUGUUUAAAUUUUUAGCGGAUUUCAAAAGAUCAUCUUCCUUGCAAAGAAGAAUUAAGACUUUACCAGGAACACUUAAGGUGGAGAUUUCCCCAGCUCCAGAAAACAUUGGUUAUUGUCUGACACCGGAACUACUCCCAGUGAAGUCAUUUUCAGAAAACCGUAACCGCCCUCACAAAGAGGUUUUGGAAUUCCCGAUUAGAGAAGUGUAUGUUCCCCACACCAUUUAUAGAAAUCUCCUCUAUGUUUACCCUCAGAGGCUGAAUUUUGCUAACCGACUGGCUUCUGCAAGGAACAUUACCAUUAAGAUCCAAUUUAUGUGUGGUGAAGACCCGUCCUGUGCAAUGCCGGUAAUUUUCGGGAAAUCUUCAGGUCCAGAAUUUGUCCAAGAAAUGUACACAGCUAUCACAUAUCAUAAUAAAUCCCCUGACUUUUAUGAAGAAGUGAAAAUUAAGCUACCAGCAAAACUCACAGAGAAACACCAUCUACUAUUCACAUUCUAUCACAUCAGCUGCCAACCAAAGCAAGGAGCAUCUGUUGAAACCCUCCUAGGGUAUUCAUGGCUGCCAAUUCUAUUAAACGAUCGCCUUCAAACUGGACAUUAUAGUCUUCCUGUUGCAUUGGAUAAACUGCCUUUACAUUAUUCAAUUCACUCUCCUGAGAAAAUUCCAUCUCAGACACCACCUAUAAAGUGGGUUGAAGGACACAAGGGCGUUUUCAUUGUUGAAGUUCAGGCUGUGUCAUCUGUUCACACCCAGGACAACCACCUGGAGAAGUUCUUUACCUUAUGCCAUUCUCUGGAAAGUCAAGUGACAUUCCCCAUUCGAGUGAUGGAUCAGAAGAUUACAGAAGCUUCACUGGAGCAUGAAUUGAAACUCAGCAUUAUCUGUUUGAAUUCUUCACGCCUUGAACCUCUUGUCUUAUUUUUGCAUUUGGUCCUAGAUAAACUUUUCCAGCUGGCUGUACAGCCUAUGGUGAUAGCUGGCCAGACAGCCAACUUCUCACAGUUUGCCUUUGAGUCUGUGGUUGCAAUAGUGAAUAGUCUCCACAACAGCAAAGAGCUGAGCAAGGAUCAGCAUGGGAGGAACUGCCUUCUGGCAUCUUAUGUGUACUAUGUAUUUCGUCUGCCAGACGCACAAAAAGAAGUGGUCAAACCAGGUGGAGGCAGCAGUGCCGUUUCGACAGAAUCUCGUUAUUACACCUUUGGGCGCACUUCUGCAGUGUCUGUUGGAAGUAAACUCCUGCAGAGCCGAGUGAUAAGCUGCAGCAAUCCUGACAUCACUGUUACACAAACUGCUACUGAUGAGGAGGUCAAAAGCAUCAUGUCAUCCAAGCCUACGGAUCACAGCUCCAGUCGGAUGUCUUACUACGUUGAAGGAACAAAUGACAUGUCAGGCCUUUGUGCAAGCACAAGACCAUCCAAUAAAAAGCAUUUCCAUGAAGAACUGGCAUUGCAGAUGGUGGUCAGCACGGGCAUGGUGAGAGAAUCAGUCUUCAAGUAUGCCUGGUUCUUCUUUGAGCUCCUGAUAAAGAGUAUGGCUCAGUAUGUUCACAACAUGGAGAAGCAAGAUAACUCACGAAGAAGCCGGUUCUCCGAUCGUUUCAAAGAUGAUAUUACCACUAUAGUUAGUGUGAUUACGUCAGAGAUUGCUGCACUUGUAGUCAAACCACCCAAAGAAAGUGAACAAGCAGAAAAAAUUAAUAUCAGCCUGGCAUUUUUCUUGUAUGAUCUUCUUUCUUUAAUGGAUCGAGGAUUUGUGUUUAAUCUCAUCAAACAUUACUGUAAUCAGCUUUCAAACAAGCUGAAUUCACUCUCCACACUGAUUUCCAUGAGACUUGAGUUCCUGAGAAUUCUCUGCAGCCAUGAGCAUUACCUCAAUCUGAACCUCUUCUUCAUGACAUCCGCAUCUGCUCCAGCAUCUCCCUCUCCCUCCUUGUCCUCCCAGAACUCCAGCUCCUGCUCUAGUUUCCAGGACCAGAAAAUCACUAGUAUGUUUGACCUCUCAGCCGAAUACCGUCAGCAGCACUUCCUGACUGGCUUACUUUUCACUGAAUUGGCAGCAGCACUGGACGCAGACAGUGAGGGGAUUAGCAAGGUGCAAAGAAAAGCUGUCAGUGCUAUCCUUAGCCUGCUGAGUUCCCAUGACCUAGACCCACGUUGCUCCAAAAAGGAGGUGAAGAUUAAAAUUGCAGCUCUUUACCUCCCCUUGGUUGGUAUAAUUUUGGAUUCAGUACCGCAACUCCAUGAUUUUACAAUUUCAGAUAUCCGGAGCGGAAAGGGACGUACAGGAAACCCAGAAGAAGAACAAGAAUCCUCAGGUGCAAUCAACCAAAAUGUGGCCCUUGCCAUUGCAGGGAAUCAAUUCAACAUCAGGAACUCUGGAAUAUCUCUGGCGUCACUGCCCUACAGACAGAGUGCCACAUUAGGUCCUGAUACUACUCGCAACCUUUUGAUCUGUUUCCUCUGGAUCAUGAAAAAUGCUGAUCAGAACCUUAUACAGAAAUGGGUUGCAGACCUUCCAUCCAUACAGCUGAACAGGAUUUUAGACCUCCUCUUCAUUUGUGUUUCAUGCUUUGAAUAUAAGGGCAAGCAAAGCUCAGAUAAAGUUAGCACCCAAGCCCUCCAGAAAUCACGAGAUGUGAAAGCUCGAUUAGAAGAGGCUUUACUGAGAGGAGAAGGAGCCAGAGGAGAAAUGAUGAAGCGCUGCAGAAUACCAGCUGGGAAUGAUAGAUCAGCAGGGGUAAAUGAAAAUUUGCGCUGGAGAAAGGAGCAGACACAGUGGCGGCAGGCAAAUGAGAGACAAGAUAAAACAAAAGCUGAGCUAGACCAAGAAGCUCUGAUCAAUGGAAACCUAGCAACUGAAGCUAACCUGAUCAUUCUUGAUAUGCAAGAGAACAUCAUUCAGGCGAGCUUUGCAGCAGAAUGCAGAGAUAAUCUCUUGGGAGGAGUUUUGAAGGUCCUGGUAAAUUCUCUUGGCUAUGAUCAGAGCACCACUUACCUGACUCAUUGCUUUGCCACACUCAGAGCACUUAUUGCCAAGUUUGGAGAUUUGCUGUUUGAAGAGGAGGUUGAACAGUGUGCUGACCUGUGUCAAAGAGUUCUCCAUCACUGCAGCAGCAGCAUAGACAUUACACGGACUCAAGCUUGUGCCACUCUUUAUCUCCUCAUGAGAUACAGCUUCAGCUCUACCAGUAAUUUUUCACGAGUGAAGAUGCAGGUGACCAUGUCGCUAGCUUCUCUGGUUGGAAAAUCACCUGAGUUUAAUGAGGAAUUCCUUCGACGAUCCUUGAGAACCAUCCUGGCCUACGCAGAGGAAGAUACAGAUAUGCAGGCAACGCCAUUUCCCAUUCAGGUAGAGGAGCUACUGUGUAAUCUGAACAGCAUCCUGUCAGAUACAGUGAAAAUGAGGGAAUUUCAGGAAGAUCCGGAGAUGCUGAUGGACCUCAUGUACAGAAUUGCAAAAGGAUACCAGACAUCACCGGACUUGAGGCUGACUUGGCUGCAGAACAUGGCAGAGAAGCACACCAAGAGGAAGUGCUACACAGAAGCAGCCAUGUGCCUGGUCCAUGCUGCGGCGCUGGUGGCAGAGUACCUGAGCAUGCUUGAGGAUCGGAACUAUCUCCCUGUGGGCAGUGUCACUUUUCAGAACAUUUCAUCCAAUGUGCUGGAGGAAUCUGCUGUUUCAGAUGAUGUUUUGUCUCCAGAUGAAGAUGGCAUAUGUUCUGGGAGGUAUUUCUCAGAAAGUGGACUGGUAGGGCUCCUGGAACAAGCUGCAGAGCUCUUCAGCACGGGAGGUUUGUAUGAAACUGUGAAUGAAGUGUACAAAAUUGUCAUCCCCAUACUGGAAGCACAUCGAGACUUCAGGAAGCUUACCUUGACACACAGCAAGCUGCAGAAGGCCUUUGACAGCAUUAUUAAUAAGGGUCAAAAGCGAAUGUUUGGAACUUACUUCCGUGUUGGUUUCUAUGGAUCCAAAUUUGGGGACUUGGAUGAACAGGAAUUUGUUUAUAAGGAGCCUGCAAUUACAAAACUCCCUGAGAUUUCUCAUAGAUUAGAGGGAUUUUAUGGCCAGUGUUUUGGGGAGGAUGCUGUGGAAGUGAUUAAAGAUUCUGCUCCUGUAGACAAAAGAAAGCUGGAUCCCAAUAAGGCAUACAUACAGAUUACUUUUGUGGAGCCCUAUUUUGAUGAGUAUGAGAUGAAGGACAGAGUUACCUACUUUGAGAAGAACUUCAACAUCUGUCGGUUCAUGUACACUACACCUUUCACCAUGGAUGGGCGUCCCAGAGGAGAACUUAGUGAGCAAUACAAGAGGAACACCAUCUUAACCACAAUGCAUGCUUUUCCCUACAUCAAAACAAGAAUCAGUGUCAUCCAAAGAGAAGAGUUUAUUUUAACCCCAAUUGAAGUUGCUAUUGAAGAUAUGCGUAAAAAAACACAGGAACUAACUGCAGCCACUAACCAAGAGCCACCAGAUGCCAAAAUGCUCCAGAUGGUUUUGCAGGGCUCAGUUGGAGCCACUGUAAAUCAGGGACCACUAGAGGUAGCGCAAGUGUUCCUGGCUGAAAUUCCAGCAGACCCCAAACUUUAUCGACAUCACAACAAGCUGAGGCUGUGCUUCAAGGAGUUUAUAAUGAGGUGUGGUGAAGCAGUGGAGAAAAACAAGCACCUUAUUACUGCUGACCAGCGGGAAUAUCAUCAGGAGCUCAAAAGAAACUACAUCAAACUGAAGGAGAACCUUAGACCCAUGAUUGAGAGGAAGAUCCCAGAGCUGUACAAACCUGUAGUGAAAGUCCACAGCGUAAGGGAAUCUUUUCGUAACCACAGUUUUAGGAAAUAUGAUGUUCAGACUUCUUCCCAAAGCACCUAAGAGCUAGCUGCUUUGGCCAAGGAAGAUCUUCAUGCUGCAAGAAGUGAUGGAGUAUUUAUUCCACAUCUAUGAAAUCGGAAAUCUCUCACAAGACAGUAUGUGCACUUUCUGCACAGCAUGCAGAAAAGCAUUUACUCAAGAUCACUGAAUGAAAACUAGGGGAUAAAUCCAAAUCAAGCACAUAUCACGAGGGCUUGGAAAGGAAGGGGAUGCUUUUUAGAUACUUUUGUAUAUAUUGUGCAAUAAUGGCCUAAUGCAGAGGGGUGGGCCUUAGAGUGGUCAGUGGCAUGAAGUCAGUCAUGUAAGACAUGGAACUUUGUGUGGUUUGAUUGAGGUGAGUCCAAACAACAUGUCCAAGAAAUAAUAACAAAUUAUAUGUGUUUAUGGUCCUCUUCCAAGACAGCACUUAUCCAUGUGGUUUUGGCAAUGAAGCGCUUUCUGCAAGUUAAUCACAUGCUUAAAUUUUGUCUUAAUGAGGUUAGCAUGGUUACCUGCUCAGUGUUUGCUGAGCUGGCACUCUAGGGAAGGAUAAUUUCCUCAGUCAGUUUCUGAACAGAUUCUCUGUCAUGGUCCUUAACUGCAGGGAGUUCUGCACAAGUUUUCUCAACCAAAGCAUGAAAAUCAAGAAGUAGUAAUAAAUAGUUCUUAUAAAUCUUCUAAACAUUUUUCUACAUAUAGGGACAUGCAGUAUAAUGACUUGACAUGCAGUUAGUAAUGACAUAUUCAGCACAGCAAACAAGUAAUGGUUUAAAAAGAAGAUGCUAAGCUAUGAGUGAUUCUUUAUUACAUAAAGCUCUUAUGUAGAUAACCUUAUCCAAAAUUAACUAUGGAAGCUCACAAUGGGGAUUUCCUGCAAAUCACUUGACUCAGGCUUUACUGCAGCUUAAGAGAAAUUAGCACAUAAUUUAUAAUACCUAGUGCUUAGUGUUUUUUGAGUCCUUAGAAAAUAGCUUACUGAAUAAUCUUUACACCACUUCUGAAGUAUGGAAAUGUUAUUACAAUUUUGCAGAUGAGGACGCAAAGAGAAGAGAGAAAUUAGGACUUUGGAACUCAUUUAGGACUUUUGGAAUUCCUUUAGGGAGGCAGUGGAAGAGCUACAAUUUUUAUUGAGACUAUGCUUGCCAUGUAAUGUUUGUGUUUUGAAACAAAGAUCUAUGAACGUGUCCUAAAUAUUACUUCCUCUCCUGCACCUCUUCAAUGUUUUGGAAAUGAUACUUUAAUGCUGAUUAAAGAAACCAAUUCCAUUUGCCAAGCACAAAAUUUAAUGUUAAUAUUCAAGGAAAUGGUUGGGUUUUUUCCCUUUAAUACUUCAUUUUAGAAAAUUACAGUGCUUUCUGUACUACAGAAACAUUCUCAGAGCUGAUGCCGUAUGUUUCUAAAGGCAAGUCCUCUUUAAUCCAAAAGUGUAAGGGAGAUUGAGGCAGUUGCUUUUAGUGGAAACAUUUUGAUUUUUUACAGUCACCUGCAGCCUUGGCAUUUGAUAAUACUGAAUACAUAUUGAAUAUUCCAAGCACUUAAUUGACAUUUGUGUCAUAUUUUGAAUGUGCUUUUUAGAAGAUUCACACAGAUGAUCAAACAAGAUAUGGAAAUAGGUGAAAUAAACCCUGUAGUUACACAACACUUACAGUGUAAGAAAACAAUUUCCCUCCUCAUUCAUAGUAUUGUUAAAUGAAAUAAUCAGGAAUAAGUGCUCCCUAACUUUGAAGUGAGCAUAUCCAAAGCACAUAAGCAAAUGGUAUAAAAAAGUUUUGAAGUUUUGAGAUCUCAGCCUAUCAGAACCUAGCCCUUUAUCUAUUGUUUUUAACUGCCAGUUGAGGAGAAAUGUCAGAAUACUGUCAUCUAUCAAACCCACAAUUCAGCAUCACUGUUUACAAGAUACUUAUCCUUUAGAGCCUAACUAACAGAAACCUCAGGUAAAUAAAACCCCUAACAGGUGUACAAUAUACUACAUUAAAGUAAUGAAGUGGUUCCUUGAACUGAAAUAAUACUCAGGAUAAUAUGAAUGCUGACAGACUCUUCACUCCCAUUUUACAAUCUGAGCACCUCGCACCUCAGAUGGCCAGUCUUGCCCUCAGUUUGCAUUUCACAUUGUCCCUUCUACAAAUGGAACAUGGCUUGUACAUUUCUUUCAAGAGCUGAACUAUGUGAAAGAAAUUUUCUAUCUUACAAUAUUCAUUUUGCAAUAAAGCGACUGUUACACAGCAUGUUUAUAAGUGCCUUUGUGUUGCAUCUUAUACCUCAAUAGAAGGCAGCUGGAAAGAAACUUUCAGUAGGAAGAACAUUUGCUUGUAGAAGCAUCAUUUAGCAAAAAAUUACAUUUAUUUGGGCAGAAGAUGUGUUGGUCUGUCUUUAGGAUAAAUUGUGCCUAUUGCAGGGAUUACAAGCAACAAAUUGCUUCCCAGCUUCUGUUUUUCAUUCAGUGUAUGUGAAAAAUGAUAGUGGUGCUCUCCUUUCUUCCUCUGGUCUGUAGCUGUAGAGCAGAAAUAUACCUGAUUCCUGAAUUCAGCAUCUGGGUGAUUCAAGACUAGGGAGAGUUUUGUGUGUCCAAACUAGGUAGAUCCAGAGCUAAACUGCUGGGGCUGCCAAAGGGGAAGCAGAUAAGCACUACACCAUCCUAGACAUUUAGCUGGGAGUUCACCAGAGCUCACUCACCCCUUGCAUUUACCACUAGCAAGCACCAGCUCGAAGGAGCAGACUGCUGAAUUUGGCACAGGAAUCCUGUAGCUCAGCACGAGCAUCUCUCUGUUGUCACGUCAGCCAUGCCCCAUCCUGUGGCAGCACACAGGUGGCAAGGUGGUGACCAGCAGCCUCAGGUCUGUGCACAGGAGAGCUCACCUGGUCCAGACCAGGUGUCAGCACAUGCUUGCACAUGUGACAGACAUAAGGAGUCUGUGCUGGCUAUGAGAAGGCCAGCAAUAAUGCUCGGACAUGUAAAUGUCAGUGCAUUUUGAAAGCAUUUGAACAGUCAAGGUCACUGCUUUUGGUCAGCACUAUGGAUCUCACAUGGGCGGCCCUAACACUGGAUUUCCUGGUUUUCAGAACGGCAUCUAUACAGGGAGCACACCUUUCAUGCUACAUGAAUGAAACCACAACAUCAGGAGGUGAUGGACUCAACAGGCAUGACCAUGAGUAGGAGUAACCAACUUUGUGCUGGGUACAGGGAAAAGCAGUGUUGUCACUUAAAAUUGGCAGGUUAUUUGACCUCUUCUGGGAAGCUGAAUGCUUUCUCGUUAUGUUUCCCAACAAUUUUGAGGGCUUGGAAAAGCGAAGGCAAACAUUCAGACUCCUUUUUGUUGUUUUUCUUUUUGGCUGUUGGAUGUAUCAUUGUCUCAAAUAUUUCAGAAAGAGCAAUUAAAGCUUAGCACAGAGACAGCUAGGACUCUUUUAAGUGUUUUAAUCUCUGAAAGCAAUGCUUGUUAUGAAAACGAAGCGCACAAUAACAGUGUUUUACUGGGAUUUACUGUAUUACACUGCUGAUCUCUUCUGAUAGAGAGGAGCACACACAAGGAGUGCUCAUUUGGUGUUGUUAUUGGUGCUGAAUUUAGGAGUAGAGUACUUUGAGGAGUUGCUGGCUGACUAUGUUAUAACCAUCUUUUAAACUGGUUAAAAUAAGUGAUUAAAAAAUAAUCAACAGGUCUUGAAUAAGUUGUCUCAGGCUGGGUAAUACUCCAAUCUAAUCAAUGCAGUGAAAGGAGAAGAGUCCCUGUGGGAAAAGUCCCCUUUGAUAAUGCGAGUAAAGAAAAUGCAUUCUCACAGUAAAACUCAGUUUGUGUUCUGGAAAGCUACAGUAAAUUUUGGCAUUCAUUGAGCACUUCACAUAGUAAUAUGCUUCUGUAACUCUUUAUGUCCUUACUGAGGGGUUAGUUUAAAUUACUCAUUUUCAUUCAAAACCAGACUGUUUUACAACUGUUCAAGAAUUAAAAAACUAACUUUAAAGAUUUUUGAAUGCAAUGUUAUCAAUCAAUAUUGGUCAGUAAAAGAUCCUGAAAACAUCGAAGUGUUUAGCUGAUCAAACCAAGCAAACUAAGCCCCAGAAGAUGCUCAAUAAUAACUUUUAUAAGAAUACUUUAGAAAGUCUUGAAAGUUGUAACAUUUUGUUCAGCUUAUCUGUUCUAAGCAAUUUGAUGCUUUGCACCCUUCAAACAAAAUUUUCUCUUUAGAAAAAAAAAGUUGCAUUUUACUUUUUUUUAUAAGUUUCUCUUCAUGAAUUUAAAAGAUACCUAAAUCAUUACACACCCUUUUUUCUUUGUUCUUUUUAUGUUCUAUGUCUUGUUACAGAAAUAAAG